GGCAAGGCCGGCCAGGCUGGGCAGACGGGACAGCGAGGGCCCCCGGUUCCCGCCGGGAAGGACGGCUUGCCAGGACACCCGGGACAGCGUGGCGAGCCGGGGUUUCAUGGCAAAACCGGCCCCCCUGGCCCCACAGGGGUGGUGGGACCCCAGGGUAAAUCAGGCGAGACGGGACCUGUGGGCGAGAGGGGGCACCCAGGCCCCCCUGGCCCCCCGGGGGAACAGGGCCUGCCCGGAGCUGCUGGCCGAGAAGGAGCCAAGGGUGACCCUGGCCCCACUGGCAUCCCCGGUAAGAGCGGCCCCCCAGGCAUCCACGGCUUUCCCGGCACACGGGGGGCACCCGGAGAGACGGGUCCACCUGGCUUGAAGGGUGGGGAAGGUCCCCCUGGUGCCCCUGGACCCACG